AUGUUCACCUUCGGCGCCCUCCUCGUUGCGGGUGCACUCUCCCUCGCCCCCAAGUCGUACAUCUAUUGUCGGCUGGGUGGUGGUGGGGGCCUCGCUGCCCACGCCCUCUUUGGCAACAGUCCUCCUUGCCCCCUCAUCGUCGACAAGGUCGAGUCGUUCAUCGACCAUGUCUCCGACUCCUUUAGCGGCAUCGGGGACAAGUUCUCGAACGUUUUCGGAGGAUCGGUGAUGGGUAACAUCGGGUCCGGUAUGGCAGGGUUCGUGUACGACGCUACCCAACGCCUCAUCCCCAUCACAUCGGACGUGUUCGACAACGCCCCCACCUUUCCCUCCUUCAUCUUCUUCAACGACCCAGGCGACCCAUACCUCGCGCAGCUAGCGGACAUCAAGGAAGACGUACGGAAGUGGAGCAAGACCAAGGAUCUCAUCGCGGCACCUACCUUCGAUCUCGCGCAAUGGACUACGGAUUUGAUCGUGCGGCCUCCAGGAGACAUCGUCGUUUGGGUCCCUCCCAACACCUGCCUCCUGGCCGAGCGACCGCGGACGCAUUCGCAACCAUCGCCCGAGAUCGUCAUUAUACUGCCUGCUUCUGAUUGGACGCCUGAGACGCCGUACGUGGUCAAGCCUGCGCGUACGGUUGUCGGAGGCUUCCAGGAUCACCAUCACUGCCUUGGCUCCCGUCGAGCUAUUCAUGCCCUCGUCGUGUUCUACACGCUCGUCAUCGCCUACGUCGCCGUCGCUACCUUUGAGCCGGUUCGGACGGCAUGGCGCACGACGCCCAUCGGCCAUCUUGGCCUGCAAGCUGUUCUGGGAUUCGUGGGACGGACUCUGUACUGGUCUAUGUUCUUCGUGACCUCGCUCAAGGGCAUACCCUCCGACUGGGACGUACAGGGCGCGUCAGGUGCCAUCCGCAAGGCUGGUCUUAAGCCUCGCAUGCCUCGGUCGUUCCCCAAGAACCACGCGCUCAUCGGUGGACCUCGCCCGCUCGUCGCAUACGACCUCGCGGCCUACACGCCCACCCGACCCCUGGUUCUUCGACCCCUGCUCGUCAUCUUCCAGGACGGCCCGGUUCCCACCCCGCUCGCGCUGCCCCGCUCUGCCACGCGCCCACGUACGUUCAGCGCGAUGACCUUCAUGGAGGCCCGCCCCGUUCCUUCGAGCGGGCCUCACACGAACGUCUCGCUCAUCGAGGACGAGGGUCCGUGUCCUACGACGAUGAGCUUCUGCAAGCGUUUCCUGCGUCGCCAACACCCUGGCCUCAACCUCUUUGGCCUCCGGGAGCGCCGAGUCCGCCGCCACGCCGAGCUGCGCGCUCUCCGGGACGAGAUGGGUGAGGACGUCGCCCUCCGCCACGCACAGGAGGGGCGCAAGAUUCUGCAGCAGAACCUUCGGUCGAUGUGGGCUACCGGUGGACAGAGCGUCCACCUGUAG